AUGCAUCCCAGUGCUCUUGUUGGCCUCCUGGCGUUCGCCGCUGCGGCGACUGCUGCUCCUCAAAAGCCUCGCAUUGCUCACUCGCAUUCUUCCAUUGACAACCUGAAGGCCCACAUCAAGAAUGUCGUCGUUCUGAUCAUGGAGAACCGCUCCGUGGACAACCUGCUUGGUGGUCAGACCAUUUCCGGUCUGGAGAAUCCCAUCAACAACGGACCUUUCUGCAACCCCUACAAUGUGACCGAUCCCUCCCAGGGAUUCCACUGCUCCGCAGCUAAGGAUUUUGACUCGGUCACUGAUGACCCUAGCCACGCGGUAACCGGUAACACCAUGGAGUUCUUCAGCCAAUGGACUCCCGACAACAUCGCCAUUGCCGAUGGCAAGUUAAUUCCCAACAACAAGGGUUUCAUCCACGAACAAAUUAACAACCAUGGCCUUACCGCCAACGCGACUGUCAAGGCUUUGCUGGCUGAGCAGGUCAUGAACUACUACACCGAGGAGCAGACCCCCGUUCUGACGGCGCUGGUUCAGAACUACCUGACCUUUAACCACUGGCACUCCGAUAUUGCUGGUCCUACCAAUCCAAACCGUUUCGCUGCUGUUGCUGGUACUUCCGGUGGCCACGGUUCCAACGAUGCUACUUUCUAUACCUACGCCUUCACCCAGCGCUCCAUUUUUGAGCAGCUCGGGGAAACCAACCACACCUGGAUCAACUACUGGGACACUGCCGGGGGUACCGGUCCUGAGGCCAAAAAUUUUGCCUGGACCAAAGCUACAAACAACGAGGACAAAAUUGUCUCUAUGGACCAAUUCUAUACCGAUGCCGCCAACGGCGUUCUCCCCGAGUUCUCGUACCUGAACCCCUCCUGUUGCGGUGUUGGUACCACAUCUAUGCAUGACAGUGGUCUCAUAUCCGACGGUGAGGCCUUUAUCAAGAGGGUGUAUGAGUCUCUCCGUGCCAGCCCCCAGUGGGAGGAAACUCUCUUCGUCCUGACCUUCGACGAGAGCGGUGGAUUCCACGACCACAUUUCUCCGCCCCUGGCCACCCGCCCCGACAACCUAACCUACACCGAGACAGCUCCCAACGGUGAAAAGUACACCUACGAGUUUAAUCGUCUCGGUGGCCGUAUUCCCACGCUUUUGAUCUCCCCUUGGGUUGGCAAGGGGCACGUUGAACAGCAGGGCAGCAACUACCGUGGUGAGAUCCAGUCUUACUCGGCAAGCUCUCUACUCCGUACUCUUGGUUAUCUCUGGAGCUUCGAUCCUUUCACUCCCCGUGUGGAAAAUGCUGCUUCUUUUGAUCAUUUGAUCCAGAACCAGGCUCGCAAGAACACUCCCAAGACCCUCCCCACUCCCCAUGCUUUCUAG